CAUAGCCCAUGUAAAAGAUCCCCAGUCUGGCGAAUGGUACAAGUUUAACGAUGAGGAUAUAGAAAAGAUGGAGGGGAAGAAAUAGCAACUGGGGAUUGAGGAAGAUCUAGCAGAACCUUCUAAAUCCCAAACUCGAAAACCUAAGUGUGGCAAAGGAUCUCAUUGUUCUCGAAAUGCUUACAUGUUGGUUUAUAGACUACAGAAUCAAGAAAAACUCAAUACAACCGUUCAGGUACCAGCUUUUCUUCAAGAACUGGUGGAUCGAGAUAAUUCUAAAUUUGGAGAGUGGUGUAUUGAAAUGGCUGAGAUGCGGAAGCAAAGCGUGGAUAAAGGAAAAGCAAAGCAUGAAGAAGUUAAGGAGCUGUACCAAAGGUUACCUGCUGGAGCUGAGCCUUAUGAAUUUGUUUCCCUGGAGUGGCUUCAGAAAUGGUUAGAUGAGUCUACACCUACCAAACCGAUUGAUAAUCAUGCAUGCCUGUGUUCCCAUGACAAGCUCCAUCCUGAUAAAAUACCAAUUAUGAAGAGAAUAUCUGAAUAUGCAGCUGGCAUUUUCUACAGUAGAUAUGGAGGAGGACCAAGACUAACUGUGAAAGCCCUGUGUAAGGAAUGUGUGGUAGAGCGCUGUCGCGUGUUGCGCUUGAAGAACCAACUAAACGAAGAUUAUAAAGCGGUCAAUAAUCUGUUAAAAACAACAGUAAAGGGCAAUGAAGGAUUUUGGGUGGGGAAAUCAUCCUUAAGGAGUUGGCGCCAACUAGCUCUUGAGCAGCUAGACGAACAAGACAGUGAAGCCGACCAAAGCAAUGGGAAAAUGAAUGGCAAUACCUUAAGUAAAGAUGAAUCAAAAGAGGAAAGAAAAGAAGAGGAGGAAGAAUUAAAUUUUAAUGAAGAUAUUCUGUGUCCACAUGGAGAGUUAAGCAUAUUUGAAAAUGAAAGACGACUUGUUUCUCAGGAAGCAUGGAGCAAGCUGCAGCAAUACUUUCCAAAGGCUCCUGAAUUUCCAAGUCAUAAGGAAUGCUGUUCACAGUGCAAGAUUUUAGAAAGAGAAGGGGAAGAAAAUGAAGCUUUAAAUAAAAUGAUUGCAAAUGAGCAAAAGACUUCUCUUCCUAAUUUAUUCCAGGACAAAAACAGACCAUGCCUCAGCAAUUGGCCAGAGGAUACUGAUGUCCUGUACAUAGUGUCACAGUUCUUUGUAGAAGAAUGGAGGAAAUUUGUUAGAAAACCCACGCGGUGCAGCCCUGUGUCAGCAGUUGGGAACAGCGCUCUCCUGUGUCCCCAUGGGGGCCUCAUGUUUACAUUCAUGUCUAUGACCAAAGAAGAUUCUAAACUUAUAGCUCUCAUAUGGCCCACUGAGUGGCAAAUGAUACAAAAGUUCUUUGUUGUGGAUCACAUAAUUAAAAUCACCAGGACUAAAAUUGGAGAUGCAAACUCUUCAGAAACACAGUAUAUUUCUGAGCCUAACCUCUGUCCAGAAUGCAGAGAAGGCUUAUUGUGUCAACAACAGAGGGACCUCCGGGAAUACACUCAAGCUACCAUCUAUGUCCAUAAAGUUGUGGAUAAUAAAAAGGUCAUGAAAGAUUCUGCUCCAGAGUUGAACGUGAGCAGCUCUGAAACGGAGGAGGAAAAAGAAGAAGCAAAACCUGAUGGAGAAAAGGAUCCAGAUUUUAAUCAAAGCAAUGGAGGAACAAAGCGGCAAAAAAUAUCCCAUCAAAAUUACAUAGCCUAUCAAAAGCAAGUUAUUCGACAAAGUAUGCGACAUAGAAAAGUUCGCGGUGAGAAAGCUCUUCUUGUUUCUGCUAAUCAAACCUUAAAAGAACUGAAAAUUCAGAUCAUGCAUGCAUUCUCAGUUGCUCCUUUUGAUCAGAACCUAUCAAUUGAUGGAAAGAUUUUAAAUGAUGAUUGUGCCACCCUUGGCACUCUUGGCGUCAUUCCUGAGUCUGUCAUUUUGUUAAAGGCUGAUGAGCUAAUUGCAGAUUAUGCUGCAAUGGACGAUGUCAUGCAAGUGUGUAUGCCAGAAGAAGGAUUUAAAGGUACUGGCCUACUUGGACAUUAAUCUUUUGAACAUUUGCUGGCUGCUAAGAAAUGACCACAAGGGAAGAGGAAUUUAACGUGUUUUAGGGCAUUAAAGAAAAGGUGGAUUUAAGAAGUAAACCAUUUUGUGACUCUUCCAAAAGACAGGAAAAAAGAAAAAAAAUUAAAAAGCGACUGUCCAAAAUGCCUUAUGUCAAAUAAAGCAGAUUGCACUGAAGGACA